AUGGCAUUCAGCACCCGCCUCGCCUCAUCUCUCUGGCCCACCCUGGCAGCUCUGCACUGGACAGCCCCCAGGCAGUGCCGGGGGCUCAGCACUCCCCAGGGACCAGAGCCCUCACUCGACCUCAGGGGCAUCUUCCCACCCCUCGCCACCCCCUUCUCACCCAAACAGGAGGUGGACUAUGCCCAGCUGGAGGGGAACCUGUCCCGCUAUGCCAGCAUCCCCUUCCGAGGGCUGGUGGUGCUGGGCUCCAAUGGGGAGUAUCCCUACCUGGCGCCCCGUGAGCGGCUGGAGGUGGUGAGCAGCGUGCGCCGGGCUCUGCCCAGGGACCGCCUGCUGCUGGCCGGCUCGGGCUGUGAAUCCACCCAGGCCACCAUUGAGAUGACUGUCAGCAUGGCAGAGGCGGGGGCUGAUGUGGCGCUGGUUGUGACACCCUGCUAUUACCGGGGGGCCAUGACCAGUGCUGCCCUGGUCCAUCACUACACGGAGGUCGGUGAUGCAUCCCCCAUCCCCGUGGUGCUCUAUAGUGUCCCUGCCAACACCGGCCUGGACCUGCCCAUGGAGGCUGUCAUCACCCUGGCUCAGCACCCCAACAUCAUUGGGAUCAAGGACAGCGGUGGGGAUAUCACCCGCAUGGGGCUGAUGGUCCACAAGACAAGGCAGGAUGAUUUCCAGGUGCUGGCAGGAUCGGCUGGCUUCCUGCUGGCAAGCUAUGCUGUGGGUGCAUCUGGGGGUGUCUGUGCCCUCGCCAACAUCCUGGGGGCCCCCCUGUGCCAGCUGGACCGCCUGUGCCGUAAGGGCCAGUGGGAGGAGGCCCGUGACCUGCAGCACCGUCUCAUCGAGCCCAACACAGCAGUCACCCGCCGGUUCGGAGUUCCGGGGCUGAAGAAGGCCAUGGAGUGGUUUGGCUACUACGGUGGUCCCUGCCGUGCACCCCUGGCCCCACUGAGCCCUGCCCAGGUUGAAGAGCUGAGGAACACCUUCAGCACCAAUGGUUGGUUGUAAGAGGUCCCCCAUCUUCCCCUUCCCACACUGGGAAGGCACAGGAGUCAGGGACCCCAGGAACGGGGGACAUGGUGGGGACACUGGGACAUGACUGUGCUGGGCAGAGUGGGUAAAGGGGGCAACCCCUGGCCAGCCUGCAUCCCUGCCAGCCCCCAGGGGCCUGUUGUUCUCACCUGGGAAGGGGUGGAUCCUUGUGCCAUGAAUAAAAUGGCUGUCCUCCCUUUG